CCUCAUAUUAAUUCUUCUUGUUUCCCUCAUUCAACAAAUUUGGGCAUAUGAGGUUUGGCCUGACGUAUGUGGCCUAAAGACCUAGGCCACCAGAUGAAGUAGUUCUAUUAGAAUUCCACGACUUCUGAAUUGGACUACGAUCAAGGUUGCAAAAUACAAUAGUCUUUAAGAAUAUACGGGUAAGUUGGAAUAUUAGUUAUUGGUUUGUUCGUUGUGUAUUACCAUGCUCAAUGUUUUUGACAUUACAUACAUGCUGUUGUAGAUUAGGACCAAUGGGGAACUCAUCCCCACUGCGGAUGAGGAAAAAUCUGUCGCUGUUAGAGAAGUUCCCACAUUUAUCUUGGGGAAGGAGAUGGACAAGGAGGAUGAUGUGGGAAAGGCAGAUGAGGAGAAGAAAGAGGUGGGAAAAGAGAGGAAGAGUAAGAAGAAGAUGGAUAUAAAGGAGGAGAUGGGAAAGGAAGAGGAUGGGAAGAGAGAGGUGGGAAAAGAGAGGGGUAAGAAGAAGAUGUAUACCAAGGAGGAGAUGGGACAUGAAGCUAGUAGGCAGGAAGCAGGAAAACCACCGUAUGAAGUGUUGAUUGAGCAACUAUCUACGAAUAUAUCUACUCAAUUUGGAAGAAUCAAUUACAAAUUGAAGUUGUCUAGUAGGGUUACGCGAAGUAGAAAAGAUAUUCAGGAGCUAAGAGAGGAGAAUCAUAAUACAUGUAAAGAAAUGAAGAUGCUACGGGCGGAGCUUGAGGCACUCAAGGGUAUUAGCCGAUCGUUCCAAGGAGGGGAGGCAAGGGACCGACUAAGUCUUGUCGAUCAUGGAGGGGGCCAAACCGGCUUCGUCGAUCGCUCUGCACUUGUAAACGAGAUGGGGGGCCUACCCGCACCCGUAAACAUGAUGGGGGGCCAACCUGCAUUAUUUGUGACACCUCCUCAGAUUCUCCGCGAGGUAGUGCAGGGCGGUGAGAAGAGGGUGAAACGUGAAACUUACUCUUCACGCUUCCUUGUCUCUCCCUUCACAGCCCCUCGCGCCGAACAGGAUGAAGUUAGUGCUCUUGAUGCAGGGUAUAUGGACCCAUCCAGAAGCCUUACCCUUGAGGAGCUCAAUUUGGUAAAGAAUGCUUAUGAUAACGAAGGCUUAUCUUGGCUAAGAUGCCUAUGGAGAGAUGAAUCUUGGGUUGAUGAUGAGGGUAUUAACCUUUAUAUGGAAUUUUUGACGGAACGUCGCAUAAAAUAUCCUCUACAGUAUCCCCAGAAUUGCCUAUUCGUCAAUACCUUUUUCAUGCGAAUAUUGGAGUUUGACAUCAAGAAGAUAUAUGAAUAUGGCGCGGGAGACCACAACAACAGAGAGGAUUUGGGAGGGAAGGUUCUUCCUAGGAAUAUGUUGUCGAUGGUUAAAGGAAUUCAUGAGGGGAAACAUAUGUGGGAGUAUGAUUGUGUAUAUUUCCCUUUGAAUGCACGGGAACGACAUUGGUUCCUAGCAGUCUUAUACCCGAGGAGACGAAUGCUUGAGUUGUAUGACAGUUUGCAUUAUGAAUGGGAAGGAAAGUAUGAUACGUUCGUCAAAGCAUUUCUUGAGGGAGUGCGUUGGAUAUUUCAUAUCGUCGACGAUGGGAAUUCGUACUGGGAAGAUCAAUGGACGGUUGAAAUGAUAAUGGCUACCCCAAAGCAAAAUAACGGGUAUGAUUGUGGGGUAUACGUGAUGAAGUACAUUGACUUCCUAUGUAGUAGGAAAUCCAUUGACUUUGGCCGAGAUGAUAUCCCUAAAUUUAGGAAGACACUUUCCUUCGAUUGUCUCCAAAUGUAUAGGCAGUAUGCAGUGGUGCCACAAUCUGUUGUGGCCAAAAGGGAAAGUAAGGAUGAGGUAGAUAUUGAAGAAGUAAAACAAUUGGUAGGGCCCGAAGUUGAAGUACUAACAAAGAGAAAGAAGUUGGCCUCCAAACCCAUUACGAACAGAUUUCUUUUCAGAAAGCGUAAAAAGGAUGUUUAAAUAUUGGAUGUAAUUCUUUGUAGUUGAAUAUAUGUGGUGUACGUGGUAGGUGGAUGUAAAUUCAUUUACACUAGUAUCCAUUGAAAUAAGAAAAUGAUUCUUCUGUAUAUUUGGUUUGUUA